UAAAGCCCAGCUGCAGGGGAAGAGUGGGACCAGACAGAGUGCAGGGAGUGAGGGAGAGGGCAGGUCCUGCAGCAUGGGGAGCAACAGACUCCUCCGUCCUAAUCUUGCUCUCCUCCUCCUCCUCCUGGUUCUCCUGCCCACAGACGCCACCACCUCUGGAAAUCCACAAUAUAUGGUGUUGGUCCCCUCCUUGCUCCAUGCUGGGAGUCCUGAAAAGGCAUGCCUCCUUCUGACUCAACUGAAUGAGACAGUGACAGUAAAGGCUUCCUUGGAGUCUAACAGGGAAAACAGAAGUCUCUUCAAUGAUGUGGUGGCAGAGACGGACUUAUUCCAAUGUGUUGCCUUCACUGUGCCUCCAUCUUCAUCCCCUGAGCAGACUAUGUUCCUCACUAUUGAAGUGAAAGGACCAACUCAUGAAUUCAGAAGCCGGAGGACAGUGUUGGUUAAAAACGAAGAGAGUCUGGUUUUUGUCCAGACAGACAAACCCAUCUACAAACCAGGGCAGACAGUAAAAGCUCGUGUUGUCUCAUUGGAUGAAAACUUUCACCCUCUGAAUGAGUUGCUUCCAUUAAUAUUCAUUCAGGACUCCAAAGGAAACCGCAUCAUGCAAUGGCAGAACCUCAAGUUGGAGCGCGGCCUCACACAACUCCAAUUUCCCCUCUCAUCAGAGCCCCUGCUGGGCCGCUACCUGAUGGUGGUACUGAAGGACUCCGGGAAAAGAAUAGAGCACCCCUUCACUGUGGAGGAAUUUGUUCUCCCCAAAUUUGAGGUACAAGUGUCCAUGCCACGGAAGAUAACCAUCACGGAACAAGAGUUUACUGUGUCAGUGUGUGGCCGAUACACGUAUGGAAAGCCUGUCCCAGGAAACAUGACUCUGAGCAUUUGCAGAAAUUAUAAUAAUCCUUCCCGCUGCUAUGGCCAGGAGUCUCAGGCUUUCUGUAAGAACUUCAGGCAACAGCUAAACAGCCAAGGCUGCUUCUCACAGAAAGUGAAAACCAGUGACUUCCAGCUAAGGAGGAAAGAGUACGAAAUGCAGCUCCGAGCGGAGGCCCAGAUCCAAGAAGAAGGAACAGGUGUUCAGUUGAAGGGGACGGGAUCCAGUGAAAUCACGACCACCAUCAGCAAGCUCUCCUUCGUGAACGUGGACUCGCACAUUAGAGCAGGGAUCCCCUUCUUUGGGCAGGUGCGCCUAGUGGAUGGCAAGGGUGUCCCUAUGCCACAUAAAGCCGUCACUAUCACAGCCUCUGAAGCUAACUACCACUUCAACGCGACCACAGAUGAGAAUGGCCUGGUGCAGUUCUCCAUCAACAUCACUGACACUGUGGGCCCCUCCUUGAAUGUUCGGGUCAAACACAAGGAAAACACUCACUGUUAUGACUACCUUUGGCUGUCUGAAGUAAAUGAAGAUGCACAUCACACUGCGAACGCUGUGUUCUCCCUAAGCCACAGCUUUGUCCACCUUGAGCCUGUUCCCAGGAAACUGCCAUGUGGCCAAACGCAAAAUAUCCAGGCACACUACAUUCUAAAUAAACAGGAGCUAAAGGAGCUCGUCUUCUAUUACCUGAUAAUGGCCAAGGGAGGCAUUGUCCAGUCUGGGGCUCAGAAGAUUGCUGUGGACCAGGGAAAUCCCAAAGGCCAUUUCUCCAUAUUGAUCCCUGUGGAGUCGGACUUGGCUCCUGUUUCUCGAUUUCUCAUCUAUGCCAUUUUACCUGACGGGGAAAUCAUUGGGGAUUCUGCAAAAUAUGAGGUUGAAAAGUGUCUAGCCAACAAGGUGGAUUUGAGCUUCAGCCCGGCACAGAGCCUCCCGGCGUCACACACACACCUCCGCGUCACAGCUGCUCCUCAGUCACUCUGUGCCCUGCGGGCCGUGGACCAAAGUGUGCUGCUCCUGAAGCCCGAGGCCGAGCUCUCCGCCUCCUCUGUUUAUGAUCUGCUGCCAAUAAAAGACCUCACUGGCUUCCCUGGAAGCCUGAAUCAGCAGGAAGAAAACAGCGAAGGCUGCGUCAGUCUUCCCAAUGCCUACAUUAAUGGAAUCCUGUAUUUCCCGGCACCCAAUACAAAUGAAAAAGAUAUGCAUGGCUUCCUAAAGGAUAUGGGCUUAAGGGUAUUCACCAAUUCAAAAAUUCAAAAACCCCAAUUAUGUGCACGUGUGGAGCGGCUUGAACACCCAGUAGGAUAUGCGGGCUAUUCAGCAUCUCCGUUUCGAUACGGAAUGGCUGAACCCGUCGCAAUGGGCAUGGUUGGUGCACAUUCUCCUACGGCUCUUCCUCUUCCUGCACAAGAGAUUGUACGAAGGUACUUUCCUGAGACUUGGAUUUGGAACUUGGUGGUGGCAGACUCCUCAGGUGUGGCUGAAGUAGGAGUCACAGUUCCGGACACCAUCACUGAGUGGAAGGCUGGGGCCUUCUGCCUGUCUGAAGACUCUGGACUUGGUCUUUCCCCCACCGUCUCCCUCCGAGCCUUCCAGCCCUUUUUCGUGGAGCUCACGAUGCCUUACUCUGUGGUCCGUGGAGAGGCCUUCACACUCAAGGCUACUGUGUUGAACUACCUUCCUGACUGCAUCCGGGUCCAAGUGCAGCUCAAAGCCUCUCCCAAAUUCCUGGCUGUGCCUGAGGUUAAGGAACAAGAGUCUUAUUGUGUCUGUGGGAAUGAGCGGCAAACUGUGUCCUGGGCUGUAACCCCAAAGUCACUAGGCAAUGUGAAUUUCACUGUGAGUGCAGAGGCCCUGGAGUCCUCUGAGCUCUGUGGGGAGGAAAAGACUGUGGUGCCUACAGAUGGAAAGAAAGACACAAUUAUCAAGCCCCUGUUGGUUGAACCUGAAGGAAUAGAAAAAGAAGCAACAAUCAACUCUCUGAUUUGUCCAUCAGGUAAUGAAAUAUCUGAAAAAAUAUCCCUGAAGUUGCCACCAAAUGUGGUAGAGGAAUCUGCCCGUGCCACUGUCUCCGUUUUGGGAGACCUGUUGGGCUCUGCCACACGGAACAUACAAAAUCUCCUCCACAUGCCUUACGGCUGUGGGGAACAGAAUAUGGUUCUGUUUGCUCCUAACAUAUAUGUUCUGGAUUACCUAAACGAAACACAGCAGCUAACUCCAGAGAUCAAGUCCAAGGCUCUCAGCUAUCUCAGCACUGGGUACCAAAGACAGCUAAACUACAAGCACCAGGAUCACUGUAACAACCUAAAUAUCAUCACUUCCGCCCCUCUCAGGCUCACGGCCUUUGUACUGAAGACAUUCUCCCAAGCGCGAAGAUAUAUCUUCAUCGAUGAAGCCCACAUUACCCAAGCCCUCUUCUGGCUCUCCCAGAAACAGAAAGACAAUGGCUGCUUCAGGAGCUCUGGGUCACUGCUCAACAACGCCAUGAAGGGAGGAGUAGAAGAUGAAGUCACCCUCUCUGCUUAUAUCACCAUUGCCCUCCUGGAGAUCCCACUUUCGGUCACUCAUCCUGUUGUGCGCAGCGCCCUGUUUUGCCUGGAGUCAGCAUGGAAGUCAGCAAAGGAAGGCACCCACGGCAGCCAUGUAUACACGAAGGCGCUGCUGGCCUAUGCCUUUGCCCUGGCAGGGAACCAGGACAGGAGGAAAGAGAUCCUGACAUCACUUGACAGCGAAGCUGUGAAGGAAGAUAAUUCUAUCCACUGGACACGACCUCAGAAACCCAAGGAACCAGAGGGACAUUUAUACCAGCCCCAGGCGCCCUCUGCUGAGGUAGAGAUGACGGCCUACGUGCUCCUGGCGCACCUCACAGCCCAGCCGGCCCCGACCCCAGAGGAGCUGACUUCUGCAGCGCGCAUCGUGCAGUGGGUCAUCAGGCAGCAGAAUUCCUAUGGCGGCUUCUCCUCCACCCAGGACACAGUGGUAGCCCUCAAUGCUCUCUCCAGAUAUGGGGCAGCUACUUUUACAAGGACUGGGAAAGCUUCCCAGGUGACCAUCCAGUCUUCGAACGCAUUUUCCACCAACUUCCAAGUGGACAACAACAACCGCCUGUUGCUACAGCAGGCAUCUUUGCCAACAGUGCCUGGAGAAUACAGCACGAAAGUGACAGGAGGGGCGUGUGUCUACCUCCAGACGUCCCUGAAAUACAAUGUUCUCCCAGAGAAGGGCGCAUUCCCAUUUGCAUUAGAGGUGCAGACUCUGCCUCAAGCCUGUGAGGAGCCCAAAGCGCACACCAGCUUCCAGAUCUCACUGAAUGUCAGUUACACUGGGAGCCGCCCUGUCUCUAACAUGGCAAUUGUUGAUGUGAAGAUGGUAUCUGGUUUCAUCCCCCUGAAGCCAACGGUGAAAAAGCUUGAAUUGUCAGCACAUGUAAGCCGAACUGAAGUCAGCAAUAACCAUGUCUUGAUUUACCUGGAUAAGGUGUCAAAUCAGACCCUGAGUUUGUCCUUCUUCGUUGUGCAAGACAUAGAAGUAAGAGACCUGAAGCCAGCAAUAGUAAAAGUCUAUGACUACUACGAGACAAAUGAGUUUGCAGUUGCUGAGUACCACGCUCCUUGCAGCAAAGAUCCUGGAAAUGCUUGAGAUCCCCACACAUGAGAGAUUCCUUCUUUGCUGGAGUCCGUGUUCUUAGGAGCUCACAGGAAAAAAGAAAAAGUGUUUUUGUAUCUCAAAGAUUUCUUCAAAUAAACAUUUUUCUUAUCAAGCCCUA